GGCAUCUUUGUGUUGGGUUUGCCCUUUGCCCUGGUCCACUCAGGGUAUGUGGGUCUAGUCGUGCUGGUUCUGUCAGCCUGGGUCUGCAACCACACAGGAAGGAGCCUGGUGGCCUGUUUGUAUGAAGAGGUGCAAAGCGAAGGGUCCGGUUUGGUGUCAAAGGUUCGAGUUCGACACAGCUACCAGGAUAUCAUGAGCGCUUGCUGCAAAGGACUCUGUCCAAACUGGUCAGAAGUUGGAGGCUGGAUGAUUAAUGCAGCCCAGACCAUUGAGCUGCUCAUGACCUGCACUCUGUACCUGCUGGUCUCCACCACGCUGCUGAGUGACUGUCUGUCAGGACUGGCUCUUCCCAGAUCAGCGUGCUCGCUCGUGUCUCUGCUGUUCCUCCUGCCCUGCCUGCUGCUCACUGAUCUCAGACCAGUCUCUACUCUCAGCCUGCUCUGCUCCCUGGCUCAUAUACUCAUAAGCUUCUUGGUCAUGCUGUACUGUCUGAGCUGUGCCAGCAGCUGGUCCUGGUCCUCUCUGUCUCUGGACGUGGACCCAGAAGACUUCCUGGUCUCAGUGGGCGUCAUGAUCUUCUCCUACACCUCGCAGAUCUUCCUCCCUCCGUUAGAGGACAGCAUGGAGGACCGAGGGCAGUUCGAAGCCAUGCUGGGGUGGACCCACACCGCGGCCUGCCUCAUGAAAACUCUGUUUUCAUUACUGGCGGUGCUGACCUGGGGGACAGAGACCCGUGAAGUCAUCACUGACAACCUUCCCCAUGACCUUCGACCUUUGAUCAAUCUAUGUCUGCUGGCCAAAGCCCUGCUGUCCUACCCACUGCCCUUCUACUCCGCUGCUGAACUCCUGCAAACCUGUUUCUUCAGAG